ACGGUUGCCUUGGUAACCAGUCUCUACAAUCCUCGCGCCUGUGAAGGAGCAGCAGCGUUUGUAUUUCUCUCCGUUUGUUUUUCCCAGUUGUUUUCUAGACUCCGUGGAGUUGAGAACAUGGCCUCCAUUUCGGCUCAGGCUCACUUCAUGUUGGGGCUGCGGACGGGUGUGAGCAACAACUUAAACUUCGUCGACGAGCACACGCUCGUGUACGCCACCGGAAGUAGCUGCGUGUGCCUGAACAGAGUCCAGAGAUCCCAGCGCUUCUUCCCCGGUUCAGAAAAGAGUAGUAGCGUUCGCGCUAUGGCCGUAAGCGCCAGCCGCCGCUUCCUGGCCGUGUCAGAGUGCGGGGAGAGCGCCUGCGUCACGGUGUUUGACCUGCAGCACGAGCAGGGGAGGAAGAAGAAGCAUCUGAGCGCUGGGGACAUCCACGCUCAGGAGUUUGUGUGCGUGGCUUUCUCCCAUGAUUCCAAGUACCUGAUCGGGCAAACGGGGGCGCCGGAAUGGAUGCUGGUCUUUUGGCUCUGGGAGAAAAACAAAGUUCUGGCAUCCAUGAAGACCACAACGUCCAGUAAUCCUGUUAACCAGGUGAGCUUCAGCCCACACAGCAACACACAGCUGUGUGUGAGUGGCAGCGGCGUCUUUAAGCUCCUUCGUCUCUCAGAGGGUGUCUUGAAGCAGACCAGCACAGCGAAGGUGGAGAACCUCAACCUUCUGUGCCAUGCAUGGGUGUCAGACGACCGGCUGAUCGCUGGGACAGACACUGGCAGGCUGCUCGUGUCCGAGAGUGGGGACAUCCGCAGGGAGAUCAGGAUGACCUCCAGAGAAGAGCAGAGUCAAACUGACAGGCAGGUGAAAGUGAUGAGACUCAAGGAAGCUGAGGCACUUGAAGGCCUUUCUUCAUGUCCCAUCACGGCUGUCCUCUCCUACUCCAAGGGCUUUGUGUGCAGCACAGGUCCUGGCACAGCCUGCUUGUUUGAGAAGAUGGAGCAGGAUAGUUACAGGAGGAGCAGGGAGAUUCAAAUCCCUCCAGAUCCACAAGGUGACCUUCUUACUCCAGCAGACGGCCAGGAGAUUCACAGCAUGUGCAUGAGCCCAGCGGAGGAGACUCUGGCCAUCAGCACUACUCGAGGACAGCUGCUCAGCGUCAUUGUCUCUGCUGCAGACAUGAACAAGGAGCAGCAGCUGCACUUUGACUUUGUCUGCCAGCCCUUCCACUCCAGCCCUAUCACCGGUUUGUCCGUCUGCUUCCGGAAGCCUCUGGUGGCCACGUGCUCUCUGGACCGCUCAGUCCACAUCUGGAACUACGAGACAAAAGAGUUAGAUCUGUCCAAGCAGUUCCAGGAGGAGGCGCACAGCGUGGCGCUGCAUCCCACCGGCCUCUUCGUCCUGGUGGGCUUUUCAGACAAACUCCGGCUAAUGAACCUGCUUGUUGAUGACAUCCGUGUCUUUCAGGAGUUCACAGUUCGCAGCUGCAGAGAGUGUGCUUUCAGCCACGGCGGUCACAUGUUUGCAGCAGUCAGUGGGAACAUGAUCCACGUCUAUUCCUUUAUCUCCUGUGAAAACGUUCUGAAUCUGAAAGGCCACAGUGGGAAGGUGCGCAGCAUCGAGUGGAGCUUGGACGACAGCCGUCUGGUGUCCUGUGGGAUGGACGGAGCUGUGUACGAGUGGAACACAAGGACCGGGAAGCGGGAGUCGGAGAGCGUCCUGGAAUCCUGCAGCUUCACAGGCGUGGCCUUCUCCUUGGACUACAAAAGUGCCUUGGCGGUGGGGUCUGACCUGACCUUGAAGGAGAUCCAGGAUGGUCAGGUUCUGAGGGAGGUUCCGGCUGAUCAGGACGCUCACACCGCUCUUGCAGUGUCUCACUCUGGCAGAGUCGUCUUCACUGGGACCUCCAGUGGAGCCAUCAGAGCCAUCAAGUAUCCGUUACCCAGCCAGAGGGACUGGUUCCAGCAGCGGGCUCACUCUGGUACCAUCACCAAGAUGGUGAUUACGUACGACGACCAGUUCCUGCUGAGCGUGUCCGAGGACAACUGUCUGCUGGUCUCCAAGAUCAUUGAUAAAGAUGGUCGAGGUCUGAAGAGCAACAGGCAGAUUGUCCACGCUGAGGAGAUCCUGGUCACCAAAGCAGAGCUUGAAGAGAAGAACCAGAGCAUGAUGGAGCUGAAGAUGCGUCUGGAGGAGCUUCAGAUGGAGCACGAGUACCGGCUCCGUCUGAAGGACGUCAACUACAACGAAAAGAUCAAGGAGCUUUCUGACAAGUUUCAGAAGGAAAUCAAGUCUCUGAAAACGACACAGCAGGCCAUGACUGUGGAGAUGGAGACGUGUAAGCGUGAUGGUGAGAAGAAUUCUGCUGACCUCGCUAAGACACAUGUAAAACAGCUGAAGGAUUUAGAGCGAAGCUUCAAUCAGAAGCUGAUUUUGGAGCAUGAGAAGUUCCAGGAUCUUCAGGAAAACCUUCAGAAGAUGGAGGAGGACUAUCAAAAACAGCUAAGGUCUGUAGAGGAGGGUAAAAUGCAGGCUCUCGCGGAGGCUGCACACACGCAUGAGGAAAAGCUGCAGGAGAAGACACAGCUUCUUGCUCAGUCUCAGAAGGAGGCUGAGCUGAAGAUCAGUGUUCUCAAUGAGGUCAUAAAGCAGAUGGAGGAGGACGAGGAGCUGAAGCUCAAUGCUGUCCAAAUCAAAUAUGAGAAGAAACUUCAGUUUGAGAAACAGAUCAACUUAAACUUGAAAAGGGAAACUGACAGUAUGAAAUAUGAGAUGAAAUGUCUGGAGGCAAAGGUCAGGGAUCAGUCUGCUGACAUGUACCGGCUGCAGCGGGAGCGACAGGACCUGCUGGACUUGAUCCCGGCUCUGGAGGGCGACAUAAAGGAGCUGAACAUGCAGAUCUGGGGACACAGACAGACAAUUGAGAACAAGGACAUCACAAUGUCUGACCUGAAGGAAAAGAUCCAACAACUGGAGAAACUGAAGUUCAUCUAUGAGUUCCAGUUAAACGAGUUCAAAAAGCAAACCGAGACGCAGAAAGAGGAGAUCAAGGAGCAGAGGGAGAUGACCAUGAAGCUGAAGGAUGACCUGCAGCAGACGGACAAGAGCAACACUCAGCUGAAGAUCUCCAACUCUGACCUGAGCCUCAAAGUCAAGGCUAAAGACAAAGAGAGCUUCAAGAAUCUGCAGAAAGUGAAACAUUUGGAGCUGCGUCUGUCACGGAUCUACUCAGACCUCCACACCUGUGUUGGCUACAUCCAGGAUCCCAGAAAACUGAAGGACGCCAUAAAGAUGAUGUACGCGCACCACGUCCCCGAGCCUGGAAGUGUGGAGAGGGACAAUGAUGACGUCGAGGAGGAGGAUGAUGAAGAUGAGGCUCUAAAAACACUCACCGACCAGCGAGAUCAGUUAGAAAAGACCGUGGACAGUCUGAAGAGGAAGCUGGACAAAUCUGAUGCUGAACACAGCAAAGUCUAUGAGAAGAUGAAGAAGGAAAAGGCCACCAUGUUAACAGCAAACAACCAGCUGCUGAAGGAGCUGUUCUUGAUACGGACUCAAGUCAAGGACUACAAAAAUGAGCUGAGCUGGUUAAACUGGUCCAGGAAGUGCCGACCUCAACACCCCAGAACAGAAGAAGACGUCCAGAAGUCGGCCAAGCAGCGUUCCCAGCUGUCAGAAUCCACGACGGCAGUCCUUCCUAAGCUGGAUCUGCAGAGAAAUCAGCUCACACUCAAGUGAAGCUUAAAGCUGUGAAUAUUUGGGACUCGUUUAUUAGGAAAUGGUGCAGCAGUGCACUUUUUGAAAAUGAUUGUUGAUUGUUGAUUGCUUGGAAUAAACUAAGUUCAAUUCCUCAUCAUA